AUGGGUAUUACAAUUACAAUUUUUAGAAUAGUCAAUUUACUUUUCCUAGGCAAUGGUUUCAUUCAAUCAAUAUCAACAAAAUUGCCACCUCAUUUAAUAAAAUCGGGUCAAUUUCAAUUCUUGACUAACUGUUCAUUAUUAACUUGCUUAGUCUAUAUCAUUUCGACAUUUUUCAUACUGACUGGACAAGUCCAAUGGUUUUAUAAUCUUGUGAGUAAUUUAGAAUUCAAUGUUUUGUUUAGUUAUUGGACCAUGGCAUUAUGUUUCCCGUCAAUGGUUGCUGAAGAUGACGUUGAUAGAAACUUAUUACUUGAUUUACAAGUACAUUUUUUCCCUUAUAUUUAUUUAAUUAUAGAUAGUCAACCAUCACUUGGUUUGAAAGAGUCAUGGGGUUGGACAAUAGGUUAUAUUUUUAUUUAUUGGGUUUAUAUUGAAUGGGAAUGUGGUAAACAUGUACAUGAUGGAGUGAGUGGUUAUCCCUAUCCUUUUUUGAAAGGUAGAGGUGUGCUUGGUAGAUUUGGGUGUAUGUCUGUGUUUGCAGCUAUUGCUUGUUGUAAUUAUUUUGUAUUAAAGUUAAGAAAUGGGGCUUAG